AUGUCUAAAAUACCGCGACAAUUGUUGCUGCCCGGAGGCAAGCGGGUAAUCGACGAACGAUAUGCCGAACAUCGACACCGCUUGAUCGGUAUGCUGAGAGACUACCUGACCGUUUUGAGAGCGAGCCCGGUGUCCUCACCCGGGUUCCGUAUCCAUCGCGCCUCCCGCAUGCUCCAGGACGAUCCAAAGAAGCUCGGAAGGAAGAACGGCUGGUUUGCAGACUUUCCUCAGCAGUACUUCGUUGGCAAUCCUGAGGCCAAGAGCAAGGUGCUGGUGAUUUCGCCGUGUUACGACAUUGGCGUUCUGAAGAAGCUCAUCGAACAACUGUUCGCAGGCCUCGAUGUAGACAUCGACGAAGUCAAAGUCCGCCUCAAGUCGCCCAAAGAAAAGGCCAUCACAGCUACGGACGAGCCUUUCGAUUUCGAAAACGCAAACCCUACUGUGUACAUCCACUGGUGCAUGCGCGUCACCCACAGACCCACAGGAAAACAGACGUCGCUCGAUAUCUCCGGCGUGCAGUACGGCAUGAUUCAAGGCGACAUGCCUUGGCAACCACACACCAACAUUUUCGUCGACGAGGUCCAGGCCAUCAAGCCGCUGGGUACACUUGCGAAGUACGCAGAUGAAGUGUCACAAACCAAGGGUACGGAGGGAUUGCGAUUCGAAGUUGCGGCGAGUGCAAUGAAGGCGUGGCACGAGACUGUCGAUGCGGCAAUGGAGCGCAAAGGGUUGACAUGGGCGGAUGUACUAGGCAAGGAAGAAGAAGCCUUCCAGCGACAUUCGAUGAAGAUCUUGAGCGUGGGCACAAAGGCUAUGCAGAAGUAUGCUGCGGAGACGAAGCUGACGAAGAAGAGGCUUAAGGCAGAGAGGUAUGAGCAGAGGCAUGAAGAUUGGUUGAUGGGAGAGCUCAAGGAGCUGGAGAAGCUGUAUUUGGAAUAG